CGCGGCGCUCGCUAGCAUCCCCAUCGCUUCGGCGCGACUCCGGCGUGUCCUGGCCCCGCCCGGCCGCCCCCUCUGCCCGCCAGCGAGCCCAGGGAAGGCAAGGAGCCUCCUCCUGCCCCGGGACCCCCUCCUGCCCCACGCCCGGCACUAUGUCUGCGGGAGGAGACUUCGGGAACCCCCUGCGGAAAUUCAAGCUGGUUUUUCUGGGGGAGCAGAGCGUUGGGAAGACGUCCCUUAUCACAAGGUUCAUGUAUGACAGUUUUGACAACACGUAUCAGGCUACAAUCGGAAUCGACUUCUUAUCAAAAACCAUGUACUUGGAAGAUCGGACAGUCCGAUUGCAGCUCUGGGACACGGCGGGCCAGGAGAGGUUCCGAAGCCUGAUCCCCAGCUACAUUCGUGACUCCACAGUGGCCGUGGUUGUCUAUGACAUCACAAAUCUCAACUCCUUCCAGCAGACAUCCAAAUGGAUUGAUGAUGUCAGGACAGAAAGAGGAGGUGAUGUCAUCAUUAUGUUAGUGGGCAACAAGACAGAUCUCGCAGACAAGAGGCAGAUAACAAUUGAAGAGGGGGAACAGAGAGCCAAAGAACUGAGUGUCAUGUUUAUCGAGACCAGUGCAAAGACAGGCUACAAUGUAAAACAGCUGUUCCGACGUGUCGCAUCCGCACUGCCCGGCAUGGAGAGCGUUCAAGAGAAGAGCAAAGAAGGAAUGAUUGACAUCAAGUUGGACAAACCACAGGAUCCUCCAGCCAGUGAAGGCGGGUGUUCUUGCUAAUACAGAGCACAGGAUUGGUCAGCUUCAUUUGAUACCACACGCUUGUUGUGUUGCUUCCUAUUGGCUAGCUUCCUAAAGAAACAAAUUGAGUUAUCAGAUGGGGGAGGAUUUUUUUUCUCUCUGUCUCUGGGGAUGGGUGGGUGGGAAUGUUCAGAUCACGUCACUCUUAACAGCUGUUACUGAAACUUAUUCUUUUUUUGGUUUGGUUGUAAUAUAUUGUACUUUAUUAAAAUUGCCAAAAACAGUUCAACAUUUAAAAAGGAAAGUUUAAAUCAUGUGUAUACAACUUUUUGCCAGAAGAAAAGUAGUGACUUUGGGUUUUUUGGAAGGAGAUUGGUCUUUUGUUUUUGUAUAUUUGUAAACUUACAGAAAAACUCUCCAGAAUACUACAAUCUGGUUAGUUUCAGCAUCUGACAUAGGACAUCGCUAGUAGAAAACUAGUCCCUGAUUAGUUAAACAAAAUGUUAACUGUACAGUAAAAGAUUUGACGGUAGAACAAAUCAUACUGCAAAUACACAAAAUAAGUGUGUGAUGUAAUAGCUCUAACUAUAUCUCUAUAUCUCCAUAUACAGAUUUAGAGCGGGGGUGGGCAAACUGCGGCCCAUGGGCCGGAUCUGGCCCAUGAGCCGUUUUAAGCUGGUCCACAAGCUGUACCAUGCAGCUUGGCCCUGCUCCGGCCAGGGUGCUGGGUCGGGGGCCGUACCACGUAGCUUAGCCCUGCUCCAGCGAGGGCGCUGGGUUGGACCACAUGGCUCUGCCCCACUCCGGCACUGGGUCGGGGACAACACUACGUGGCUCAGCCCUGCUCGAGUACUCUAGCCGGGGCACAGGGUCAGGGCUGCACCACGUGGCUUGGCCCUGCUCUGGCCAGGGCCUGCACCACGCAGCUACAGGAAGACAUGGCAUGGCCCCGCUCCAGCUCCUACAUGCUCCAGUGGCCCCCUACAGCGCUCCAAUUGGAACUGCAGUGGCGGUGCCUGUGGAUGGGGCAGCCUUCAGAGCCACCUGGCAGCACCUCCAUGUAGGAGCCAGAGAAGGGACAUGCUGCUGCUUCCGGGAGCCACUUGAGGUAAGCGCAGCUUG